AUGCAAUUUUCGAAAAAAAAAGACCACCACCUAGUCUUAUGUAGAAACCUAGCUAGUCUUGUCGGUUCGUCUGAAAUUGAAUAUCCCCGGCAGUCUUCGAAAUUGUACCUGAUAAAGUCGUCUCCUCCUCGGUACGAUUGCGAAUCCAUCGGGCUGUUGGCCAGGUUCACUGUGGUGUCAUCUGUGGCAAGCACCUCUUCGCUCAGGCUGUCAAUAAAUCUGCGAUCUGUGGCACUAAGAGCAAGCUUAUCUUUAAGUGAGGCAUCGACAAUUUCCACACUUGAGUCGUCGAGAUUCACCACCAGAUCUGCGAGUCUGGACUUUUGGUCCAAAAUGAUAUCGUUCGAGCACCCAACAAGAUACCAUUUGGUGUUUGGGUUUGUGAGUCCUGUCAACGGCGUUCCACUAUCGGACAGACUGAGCAGCAGGUUCGGGAUCAGCGAUAGCAGCGAGUACUGGAAGUUUGACAGCCGGUUCAGGUUCUUGGAGUACACCAAAAUGCGCUGCUCGAGCAGCACGCCUUUGAAAAUGACAAGCAGAUUGCGCUUGAACAUGGUGACCAGCUCCUUGAGGUUCAAACCCGUACCCUGGAACGGCAGCUGGGGCCAUAUUUUCGAAAACUUCGCCGCCAUCGACGCCUGGUUGUACUCGUUGGUUUUAUCGUCUAACCAGUACUCUAUUUCGGGACCCUUGACGUGGUCGAAGUCCACGAUGCACAAGCCAAUCACAAACGAGGCUGGAUCGGGCUUCGCAACCUCCAGGCUCGAGCUCGAGCUCGCAACAGGAGCAGAGUCCACCCAAGGGUUCUCAGUGUCGCUGGACAUAAAAGUGUAUUUUGGUGGCCGUGGACACGUUGACGUCGCCGCCGUUUUCGUUGGCCACAAACUCGACGAUUCCGCUUCUGUUGACAAUCAAUGCCAGUCUGCUGGACCGUUUUCCGAGUCCGAGAUCGCUCAGGUCGAUUGGCGGAGCCAAUUUCUUGGUCAACUCGAGCUGAGGGUCAGAAACAAAGAUCAGCUUGUUGGAGCUGGCUCCAAGCUUCUCCUUCCAUGCUUUGAGCACAAACGGAUCGUUUUGCGUCAAAAUAAUGAUGAAAUCAACUCCCUUGGUUGCAAAACUCUGCACUUUCUUAACAUACUCUGGCAGAUGCUGGUUGGUGCAAGGGGGAGUGAAGGCUCCAGGAACACUCACAACAACAAACUUCUUGCUCUUGGUGGUGGUCUUGAGAUCGAACGGCUUAGGCUCGCCUUCUGGGGACGAGUAGAAUAG